AUGCAUGGAGGCUGCAACCCAGUGCACGGCCCACAGAACGUGGAGAUUGUGGACAUCCGAGCACGGCAGCUGACCCUGCAGUGGGAACCCUUUGGCUACGCAGUGACCCGUUGCCACAGCUAUAACCUCACAGUGCAGUACCAGUAUGUGUUCAACCAGCAGCAGUACGAGGCCGAGGAGGUCAUCCAGACGUCCUCCCACUACACCCUGCGGGGCCUGCGCCCCUUCAUGACCAUCCGGCUGCGGCUUCUGCUGUCCAACCCUGAAGGCCGGAUGGAGAGCGAGGAGCUGGUAGUACAGACAGAGGAGGACGUUCCAGGAGCUGUCCCUCUAGAAUCCAUCCAAGGGGGUCCCUUUGAGGAGAAGAUCUAUAUCCAGUGGAAACCUCCCAAUGAGACCAAUGGGGUCAUCACCCUCUACGAGAUCAACUACAAGGCGGUGGGCUCACUGGAUCCGAGCGCCGACCUCUCCAGUCAGAGGGGGAAGGUGUUCAAGCUCCGCAACGAGACCCAUCACCUCUUUGUGGGCCUGUAUCCGGGGACCACCUACUCCUUCACCAUCAAGGCCAGCACAGCAAAGGGCUUUGGGCCUCCCGUCACCACUCGCAUCGCCACCAAAAUUUCAGCACCAUCGAUGCCCGAGUAUGAUACCGACACCCCACUGAAUGAAACAGACACAACCAUCACGGUGAUGCUGAAGCCCGCUCAGUCCCGGGGAGCCCCUGUCAGUGUUUAUCAGCUAGUUGUCAAGGAAGAGCGACUUCAAAAAUCACGGAGGGCAGCGGACAUCAUUGAGUGCUUCUCGGUACCCGUGAGCUACAGAAACGCCUCCAACCUGGAUUCUCUACACUACUUUGCUGCUGAAUUAAAGCCUGCCAACCUGCCUGUCACCCAGCCAUUUACAGUAGGUGACAACAAGACAUACAAUGGCUACUGGAACCCUCCACUCUCCCCCCUCAAAAGCUACAGCAUCUAUUUCCAGGCACUCAGCAAAGCAAACGGAGAGACCAAAAUCAACUGUGUCCGUCUGGCUACCAAAGCACCAAUGGGCAGCGCCCAGGUGACCCCGGGGACUCCACUCUGCCUCCUCACCACAGGUGCCUCCACCCAGAAUUCUAAUACCGUGGAGCCAGAGAAGCAGGUGGACAAUACCGUGAAGAUGGCUGGUGUGAUUGCUGGCCUCCUCAUGUUCAUUAUCAUUCUCCUAGGUGUGAUGCUCACUAUCAAAAGGAGAAGAAAUGCUUAUUCCUACUCCUAUUACUUGAAGCUGGCCAAGAAGCAGAAGGAGACACAGAGUGGAGCCCAGAGAGAGAUGGGUCCCGUGGCCUCGGCUGACAAACCCACCACCAAGCUGAGCACCAACCGCAAUCAUGAAGGCUUCUCCUCUAGCUCUCAGGACGUUAAUGGAUUCACAGAUGGCAGCCGUGGGGAACUGUCCCAGCCCACCCUCACCAUCCAGACUCACCCCUACCGGACAUGCGACCCCGUGGAGAUGAGCUACCCCCGGGACCAGUUCCAGCCCGCCAUCCGGGUGGCCGACCUGCUGCAGCACAUCACCCAGAUGAAGAGAGGCCAGGGCUAUGGGUUCAAGGAAGAAUAUGAGGCUUUACCAGAGGGGCAGACAGCUUCAUGGGACACAGCCAAGGAAGAUGAAAACCGCAAUAAGAAUCGAUACGGGAACAUUAUAUCCUAUGACCAUUCCCGAGUGAGGCUGCUGGUGCUGGACGGAGACCCACACUCCGACUAUAUCAACGCUAACUACAUUGAUGGAUAUCAUCGGCCUCGACACUACAUUGCAACGCAAGGUCCAAUGCAGGAGACGGUGAAGGACUUUUGGAGAAUGAUUUGGCAGGAGAACUCUGCCAGCAUCGUCAUGGUCACCAACCUCGUGGAGGUGGGCAGGGUGAAAUGUGUGCGGUACUGGCCGGAUGACACUGAAGUCUAUGGAGACAUUAAAGUCACUCUGAUUGAAACAGAGCCUCUGGCAGAAUACAUCAUACGAACCUUCACAGUCCAGAAGAAAGGCUACCAUGAGAUCCGAGAGCUCCGCCUCUUCCACUUCACUAGCUGGCCUGACCAUGGUGUCCCCUGCUAUGCUACUGGUCUCCUGGGCUUUGUCCGCCAGGUCAAGUUCCUCAACCCUCCUGAAGCUGGGCCCAUAGUGGUCCACUGCAGUGCUGGAGCUGGGAGGACUGGCUGCUUCAUCGCUAUUGACACCAUGCUUGAUAUGGCUGAAAAUGAAGGGGUGGUGGAUAUUUUCAACUGUGUGCGUGAGCUCCGGGCCCAGAGGGUCAACCUGGUGCAGACAGAGGAGCAAUACGUGUUUGUGCAUGAUGCCAUCCUAGAAGCAUGUCUCUGUGGCAACACCGCCAUCCCUGUGUGUGAGUUCCGGUCUCUCUACUACAAUAUCAGCAGGCUGGACCCCCAGACCAACUCCAGCCAAAUCAAAGAUGAAUUUCAGACCCUCAACAUUGUGACUCCACGCGUCCGGCCUGAGGACUGCAGUAUUGGGCUCCUGCCCCGGAACCAUGACAAGAAUCGGAGUAUGGAUGUCCUGCCUCUGGAUCGCUGCCUACCCUUCCUCAUCUCAGUGGAUGGGGAAUCCAGCAACUAUAUCAAUGCAGCAUUGAUGGACAGCCACAAGCAGCCUGCCGCCUUUGUGGUCACCCAACACCCUCUCCCUAACACUGUGGCGGACUUCUGGAGGCUGGUGUUCGAUUAUAACUGCUCUUCUGUGGUGAUGCUGAAUGAGAUGGACACUGUCCAGCUCUGCAUGCAAUACUGGCCUGAGAAGACCUCCGGGUGCUAUGGGCCCAUCCAGGUGGAGUUUGUCUCUGCAGACAUUGACGAAGACAUCAUCCACAGAAUAUUCCGCAUCUGUAACAUGGCUCGGCCACAGGAUGGGUAUCAUAUAGUCCAGCACCUCCAGUACAUUGGCUGGCCAGCCUACCGGGACACACCCCCCUCUAAGCGCUCUCUGCUCAAAGUAGUUCGACGACUGGAGAAGUGGCAGGAGCAGUAUGAUGGGAGGGAAGGACGCACUGUGGUCCACUGCCUAAAUGGUGGUGGCCGCAGUGGAACUUUCUGUGCCAUCUGCAGUGUGUGUGAGAUGAUCCAGCAGCAAAACAUCAUUGAUGUGUUCCACAUCGUAAAAACAUUGCGUAACAACAAAUCCAACAUGGUGGAGACCCUGGAACAGUAUAAAUUUGUAUACGAGGUGGCACUGGAAUAUUUAAGCUCCUUUUAG